AUGAGGGGAGUUGGUGGGCCCUUACUGUGCAUAAGCGAUCUGCUAAGUGACGUCAGAGAAGAAAACGCCGGCGCCAGCCAGGACCACGCGCCACCGCGCGACGCCGCCGACUCUUCUAAUCUGCCGGCGUCCGAUCUCCCCAAGCUCUUCCAGGAAAACUUCGAAGAGUUGAAAGGGGCUCUCGAGGGUGCAGACCACUCUUGGACAGCUCUUACCCUCAAGCUUUGUUCUGCGCUUGAAACUGCGAAUAAAUUGGUCGAUUCAGCAAAUUCUCAAGUUGCCUCGUUGUCUGAAAAGGUUGAGGAGGUCGAACAAAUCGUGCAGAGAAGAGAUUCUGCCAUAACAGCAACUAAAACCAUCCAAGGUUGUCUAAAACAAUAA